AUGGUGGUCUUUGUAUUGAAAACUCUGACUGCAGUACACUUGAAACAUUUGGAUCACGAGAAGAUAGAAGCUAUAUGGCUAAGAAUAGUAACCAAAUCAAGCUCGGUGACAAUAGGUUCAUUCUAUAGACCCCCGGACAAUACGGCUUUCUUCGAAGAUAUAGUAAUACCUUUAGAAAAAGCUUGGUACAAAUACAAGAACUUAGUUUUGGUGGGGGAUUUCAACGUCAAUUUCAGCAAAACAGCACAUGGACAUGAGCUAAGACUACAAGAAAAACUUAUGUCUGCGCUUGUUCAAUUUGACUGUUCCGUCAUAAAUAAAGAUUUCACAAGGGUAACGCCUACCCCAGAAACAAUGAUCGACUUGAUAAUCACAAACAAAGCCGAUUUGGUGGAAAAUAUUAAAACAGCAGACACUGGAAUAUCCGAUCACAAUGUAGUAUCCUUCUCUAUGGAUUUUAAGCCAAGAAAGGUGCCUCCCAGGGUAGUAACUAUAAGAAACUGCAAGAAAAUGGAGAUAGAAAAAUUCAAGUUGGAUCUACAAAAUGCUCCAUGGUCUACUUGUGAAAUGUUCGAAGAUGUCGAAGACAAGUGUUCAGUAUGGACAGAUAUAUUCAAAGAUAUAUGUGAAGAACAUGUGCCAAAAAGAAAAGUUAAGCGCCGACGACAAACAUUGCCAUGGAUCAGCGGUGCAUUGAGACACAAAAUGAACAGGAGAUACAAGGCUUUGCAGAAAGCAAAGAAAGAAAGAAACAACGAAGGACUGUGGAAAGAAUACCGGAAGUUGAGGAAUGAGGUGACAGCAGAAUUAAGGAGAGCUAAAUCAACCUACUUUGCGGAGCUUGCAAAUUGUCAAAAAAUAAACACACGGAAGUAUUGGAAAAUUCUAAAUCGAGCCAGUGGGAAGGAAUCAAACAUGAAGACCAUUCGUGCGAUUAAGUCAGAUACUGGCGCAUUGGUCACAAAUGAUAGAGAGAUAGCAAAUAUAUUGAAUAAGCAUUUCGCAACUACAGGAGAAAAGUUAGCAGGUCUCUUAAACAGCCACUACGUGCCAACAGUAGAGCUCAUUGAUCGAAUAUCCCCAACCGUUAUGGAAAUUGAAAUACAGGAAGAGAAUGUAAAAGAGAACUUGUUAAGGCUCAAUACACAUAAAGCGACUGGCCCAGAUAACUUGCCACCGAUUUUGCUGAGAGCCGCUGCCGAAGAAAUUGCACCAUCAUUGACAGAUAUUUUCCAAACAAGUGCAAGGACUGCUACUCUACCCAGUUUGUGGAAG